CCCUGCCCCCCCAGGCAGGGGUGCCCCAUGCGGGAGGUGCCCCGGGAUGGCAGCGAGGUGACAGCGAGGUGACGGCGGCCGAGGAUGACCCUGACGGAGCGGCUGCGCCUCAGGAUCUCGGGGGCCUUCUACAGCCACGGGCUGCUCUGCGCCUCCUACCCCAUCCCCAUCAUCCUCUUCACUGCCCUCUGCAUCCUGGCCUGCUGUUACCCUCUGCUGAAGCUGCCGCUGCCGGGGACGGGCCCGGUGGAGUUCAGCACCCCGGUGAAGGAUUUCGCUCCGCCCGCGCCGGGCCCGGCGCCGCACGGGGACCCGGCCGAGAGACCUGACUGGUACGUGGGUGCUCCCGUGGCCUACAUCCAGCAGAUCUUUGUGAAAGCCACCGUGUCCCCGUGGCAGAAGAACUUCCUGGCCGUGGAUGUGUUCCGCUCCCCCCUGUCCCGCGUCUUCCAGCUGGUGGAGGAGAUCAGGAACCACGCCCUGAGGGACAGUUCUGGAGUCAGGAGCUUGGAGGAGCUUUGCCUGCAGGUCACAGAUCUCCUGCCUGGCCUGAGGAAGCUGCGGAACCUGCUCCCGGAGCACGGCUGCCUGCUGCUGUCCCCGGGCAACUUCUGGCAGAACGACCGCGAGCGCUUCAACGCCGACCCAGACAUCUUCAAAACCAUCCACCAGCAUGAGCCAAAGACCCUGCAGACGUCAGCCACUCUCAAAGACCUGCUGUUUGGGCUGCCCGGGAGGAGCAGUGGGGUGAGCCUGUCCAACAGGCAGCGCGUGGUGUCCUACACCGUCACCCUGGCGCUGCAGCGCUACGACUCCAGGUUCCUGAGCAGCCUCCGCUCCCGCCUGAAGCUGCUGCACCCCAGCCCCAACUGCUCCCUGCGGGAGGACAGCGUGGUCCACGUGCACUUCAAGGAGGAGAUCGGCAUCGCCGAGCUCAUCCCGCUCGUCACCACCUACAUCAUCCUCUUCGCCUACAUCUACUUCUCCACACGGAAGAUCGACAUGGUGAAGUCCAAGUGGGGCCUGGCUCUGGCUGCAGUUGUGACGGUGCUCAGCUCCCUGCUCAUGUCCGUGGGGCUCUGCACCCUCUUUGGCCUCACCCCCACGCUCAAUGGAGGGGAGAUCUUCCCGUACCUGGUGGUGGUGAUUGGCCUGGAGAACGUGCUGGUCCUCACCAAGUCCGUGGUCUCCACGCCCGUGGACCUGGAAGUGAAGCUCCGCAUCGCCCAGGGGCUGAGCAACGAGAGCUGGUCCAUCAUGAAGAACAUGGCAACGGAGCUGGGCAUCAUCCUCAUCGGGUACUUCACCCUGGUCCCGGCCAUCCAGGAGUUCUGCCUCUUUGCCGUGGUUGGCCUGGUGUCCGACUUCUUCCUGCAGAUGUUCUUCUUCACCACCGUGCUGUCCAUCGACAUCCGACGGAUGGAGCUGGCCGACCUGAACCGGCGGGUGCCCCCGGAGUCCAUCCUGCCCCCGGGGAAGCCGCCGUGCCGCCCCCGGGCCCCCCCAGCGCGGGCGGUGAGCGCGGGCAGCCCUCACACCAUCACCCUGCAACCAUCUGAGUCUUGGAAUGAUUUGGAUUUAGGAGACUGUCUGAGUCUUGGGAUGAUUUUUAUGGGCAGAAAUCGGGGUGUCUGUGCUCGCCCUGCCCAGGCCGGGACGGUGAUCUGGAUCGGGAUCCUGGUGUACACCGACCCCGCCGGCCUCCGCACCUACCUGACGUCCCAGGUGACGGAGCAGAGCCCCCUGGGAGAGGCGGGGCUGCCCCCCAUGCCCGUUCCCGGGGGGGUCCUGCCCGCCGGGGACCCCAAGCUGGACCUGUCGGUGUUCCCGUCGGAGCCCAUCCAGCUGCCGGAGAACCAGACGCAGCCGCGGGAGCAGCAGCUGGAGCCCGACCAGCCCCCCUGGGCCCCGGGAGCUGAGGGCAGAGGGAACGGGCAGGGCGAGCUGGGCACGGAGGCGGAGGUGACCUGGGGAGCGGAGGACGAGGAGAUCUGGAGGAAGCUUUCCUUCAGGCACUGGCCAGCCCUCUUCAGCUACUACAACAUCACCCUGGCCAAGAGGUACAUCAGCAUCCUGCCAGCCAUCCCCGUCACGCUGUACCUGAACCCCCAGGAGGCCCUGGAGGUGCGACAUCCCCAGGAGGCCUCACGCUACCAGCCCUUCCUGGCCUCCAGCAGAGGGGAUCCGGACACUGCAGCUCAGCCCGACCACACUGCCAAGCUCCAGGGCCACCAGGAUGUCACCCUCUACAAGGUGGCUGCUCUGGGUCUGGCCUCGGGCAUCAUCCUGGUGCUGCUGCUCUUCUGCCUGUACCGGGUGUUCUGCCCCAAGAACUACGGGCAGAACGGGCACGGCCGCAGGAAGAGGGGGGACCUGCCCUGCGACGACUACGGAUACUCCCCCCCCGAGACCGAGAUCGUGCCCCUGGUCCUCAGGGGCCACCUCAUGGACAUCGAGUGCCUGGCCAGUGACGGGAUGCUGCUGGUCAGCUGCUGCCUGGUGGGGCAGAUCCGCGUGUGGGACGCGCAGACGGGCGACUGCCUCACUGUCAUCCCCAAACCCAGGUUGCGGAGGGACAGCAGCGGCAUCUUCGACUACCAGGAGGGCUGGGAUCAGAGCCCGGACAGGAAGAACGGGCUGGAGGACUCCUUUGAGAGCAGCCACCAGCUCAAGAGGCUGCUGGGGGGGCCCCCCCAGCCCCCCCUGUUCUGCGACCAGCCCGACCUCACGUCCCUCAUCGACACCAACUUCUCGGAGCAGGUGAAGGCGGCCGAGUCGGAGCCGCGGCUCCGGGCCGUGGGCGGCCGCCACAAGGACACGGGCUACGACUUCAGCAGCCUGGUGGGGAAGGUGUACGAGGAGCACGGCGGCUCCGGCUGCAGGAGCGUGACCUUCCCGGGGCUGCCGGCCCCGCACGGCCCCGCCGGGCUCUGCGGGAGCGGCGGCCGCGCCCCGGGAUGCGGCUCCGACGAGGGCGGGGGCGGCCGCCGGCGCAGCCUCGGGGACCGGAGCCUGGGGGACGAGUCCUGCGCGGGCUGUGAGACAUCCUCACCCCUGCCGGCCUGGGGAGGGGACCUGGAGAGCUCCGUCUGGAGCCUCGACCUGCAGGGGCACCUGAUCGUGGCCGGCCGGAGCAACGGGAAACUGGAGGUGUGGGAUGCCAUCGAGGGCACCCUCUGCAGCAGCAACGAGGAGGGACAGUCCGGAAUCACGGCCCUCGUCUUCCUCAACAACAGGAUCGUGGCUGCCCGGCUGAACGGCUCCUUGGAUUUCUUCUCGCUGGAGACACACGCGGCCCUGAACCACCUGCAGUUCCGAGGGGGCCCGGGCCGGAGCAGCGUGCCGUCAUCACCGGUGCUGAGCGGGGGUGCCGUGGUGCUGUGCCAGCUCACCCACAGCGUGCCCUGUGCCCACCACAAACCCAUCACGGCGCUGAAGGCGGCGGCCGGGCGGCUCGUCACCGGCAGCCAGGACCACACGCUCAGGGUGUUCCGGCUGGAGGACUCCUGCUGCCUCUUCACCCUGCAGGGCCACUCGGGAGCCAUCACAGCCGUGUACAUGGACCAGACCAUGGUGCUGGCGAGCGGGGGCCAGGACGGGGCCAUCUGCCUGUGGGACGUGCUGACGGGCAGCCGGGUGAGCCACAUGUUCGCCCACCGCGGGGACGUCACGUCCCUGACCUGCACCACGUCCUGCGUCAUCAGCAGCGGCCUGGACGACGUCAUCAGCAUCUGGGACCGCAGCUCGGGCACCAAGCUCUACUCCAUCCAGCAGGAGCUGGGCUGUGGCGCCAGCCUGGGCGUCAUCUCCGACUCUGUGCUGGUGACGGGGGGCCAGGGCUGCGUGUCCUUCUGGGACAUCGGCUACGGGGACCUGCUGCAGACCGUGUACCUGGGCAAGAGCCACGAGGCGCAGCCGGCGCGGCAGAUCCUGGUGCUGGACAACGCCGCCAUCGUCUGCAACUUCGGCAGCGAGCUCAGCCUGCUCUACGUGCCCUCCGUGCUCGAGAAGUUGGACUGAGCAGGAGCAGGGGCAGGCGGGACCCAGGGGGGGCUCGGCCCCAGGGGACGGGACGGCGGCUCCAUCGCUCCGGCCGUGCCUCCGGCACCUUCCCACCUCAGACACCCGGCAGGGCCCCACCUUCCUGCUCCUCUCCCUGUUCCAGCAGCUUCCCUGCCGUCCCCGGGGGCUCCCAGGCAGUGGGAUGGUACAGAGGGACACAGGGGGACACAGGGUAGGGCAGGGGGGGGACAGUGGUGGUGGCUCCCAGCGCUGACCUGCCAGGGCACGGAACGGCCUCCAGAGAGCCCCGGGGGCAGCGGGGAGAGGGCCGGGACCGACCCCCGGGCGUGGCUCGGCCCCCACGUGCCUUAGGGCGUGGCAGGGCCCCUCCCAGCCCCGCCCCGGCCGCAGCAGCCCUGCCCUAUUUAUUUAUAUGCUGUAAAUAGUUCUUAUUUAUUGGGGCAGGGGGGCACGGGGGGCCAGCACCCCCCUCACCCUAGCACAGCCACCCUGCCCGGUCCCUCCUGCGCCCCGUUUGCAGCAAUAGCACCUUCCUCCUCCUCCUCCUCCUGCUACGAGGCCAAAGGAGGCUUUUCUCAGGUUGGGAGGGGCGGGAGCCUCGCCCACGCUCCUGCAGGUGCUGGGGAGGGACCCCUGGGCGGGACCAACCACGGGCAGGCACCACCCCGGGCACGGGGCUGCCCCCAGAGCCCCCCACCCACUGCGGGCCGGGGGCUGCACUCCCCUCCCCACUGCACUACAGGCCCCGCUGCAGCCCCUCCCCGGGCCGGGGGGGUCCCCGCCCGUCCUGCCGCGCCCCCCGAACGCCGAUGACGCCUGUUCUCGACCCCCGGUGAUUGUAGAGGCGGUGCCGGCCCCGGCACAGGGGCCCCGCAGCCCUGGUGGGCCCCCCAGGCCGGCCCCCGCGGGUGGCCUUCGCCCAGCUGUACCUUUGUGCUGUACAGGGGACGCUUUUUGUACCGACGUGUUUUAUAACGUGUGCGAGAACGCCCAUUAAACGGAACUAACCCGA